AUGUCUGCCUCUUCGUUGUCUUCUCUCGUGCCUCCGCCGGUGAUAACAGACUGGACAAAGCUUCCUUUGGAGUUAACGUCUUCGAUCUUAUUAAGACUUGGUGCUGUUGAGAUACUUGAGAACGCUCAGAAGGCGUGCACGCAGUGGCGAAGGAUCUCUAAAGACCCUUCCAUGUGGCGGAGAAUCGAUAUGCGAGAACUGGGAAACCGCGGAACGGGCGACUUGGAUUUCGAUAUCUUGUGUCGUCACGCUGUUGAUCGAAGCCAGGGCGGCUUGUUGGAGAUCAAUCUUGGUGUUUUUGCGACCGAUGAACUCAUCACUUACAUCGCUGAUAGAUCAAGGAAUCUGAGAAGUCUUGGACUUCGAAUGUUCUAUACAUGUGUGACGAAAGAAAAAUUUGGGAACGCAAUCGCAAAACUCCCAUUCCUUGAAACCUUCGAGGUGUCACACUCGGGGAUUAGACUGGAUUUAAAAUCUAUCGGCUACGCUUGUCCUCUGCUAAAGACAUUGAAGCUAAACUCCUCAGGAUUGUCAGCCUACAUACCCUCUAUCAUCAAAUGUGAUGAUGAUGAUUAUGCACUAGCAAUUGCUGAAACCAUGCCCCAACUACACCACCUCCAGCUUCUUGGGGACAGAAUAACUGACAAUGGCUUGAAAGCCAUUCUUGUCGGUUGUCCUCAAUUGGAACAUCUUGAUUUGCGCAAGUGUUUCAACAUUAACCUUGCUGGAAAUCUUGAGAAACAAUGUUCGGAGAAGAAAGACUUCAGACGACCAGACGACUCAACCGCUGAUUAUCCGUAUGAUCUCACUAUUUUCAAGUAUGAUUCUUACUCAGAUGAUGAUGACUACUACAAUGUAGACUUCCUUGACGACACUGAGGUUUACUAUGACGACUAAGCAGCUGGUAUGUAUUGGCGACGAGUAUCAGGACUAUGUAUCGAAUCUCUCUGGAGAAAAGGUUGUUUUGUUGGUCUUGUCAACUUAUGAACUCGUUCUUCAUGUCUUCUCUUUUCUCUAUGUUGGUACUAUCAUUGGUUGUUUCAAAUUCUAAUUUUCUUGAAAUUGUAAACUCUGAGCUAGCGGCUAAUUGUUACUAGGCGAUGGUUUUUUCUUAAGUGGAU